GCGGCCUCUUCCUCUGCGGCGGUGGCUCGGGGCCGGCGGGUCGGGGCCGCGGUCCCGGGGCCGGCGGAGUCAUGGCGCUGUGCCCGGUGAUCGGGAAGCUGCUGCACAAGCGCGUGGUGCUGGCCAGCGCCUCCCCGCGCCGCCAGGAGAUCCUCAGCAACGCGGGCCUGCGAUUCGAGGUGGUGCCGUCCAAGUUCAAAGAGACGCUCAGCAAAGCCUCCUUCCCCAGCCCCUACGCCUACGCCAUCGAGACGGCCAAGCAGAAGGCCCUGGAGGUGGCGCACAGGCUGCACCAGAAGGACCUCCGGACCCCCGACGUGGUCAUCGGGGCGGACACUAUCGUGGCAGUGGACGGGCUGGUUCUGGAGAAGCCCGUGGACAAGCAGGACGCCUACCACAUGCUUUCAAGGUUGAGCGGCAAAGAGCACAGCGUGUUCACGGGAGUGGCCAUCGUCCACUGCACCACCGCAGACCGCCUGCUGGAGACGCAGGUCUCGGAGUUCUACGAGGAGACGAGGGUGACCUUCUCGGAGCUGUCCGAGGACCUGCUGUGGGAGUACAUCCACAGCGGGGAGCCCAUGGACAAGGCCGGGGGCUACGGCAUCCAGUCGCUGGGGGGCAUGCUGGUGGAGUCCGUCCGCGGGGACUUCCUCAACGUGGUGGGCUUCCCACUCAACCGCUUCUGCAAGCAGCUGGCCGAGCUGUACUACCCGCCCCGCGGCCAGGACGUGCGGAGGGUCAAGCACGACUCCAUCCCGCCCGUGGACAGCUUCGAGACCCUCGGUGACCUGGACGCGGGCGACCCGGGACCUGUUCAGAGCCACGUGGACCCUGGCGCUGGCCCCGGCUCCCCGGGCAGCCUGAGGGGCGAGUCGGAGGCAGAAGGAGACCCGCCUGCCCGGGGCUCCAGCGAGGCCAGUUGCAACGGGGCGGUGGAGGCCCAGCCUCCGUUCCCGGCCGGCCUCCUGGACCUGAUAGACGGCUUCAAAGUGUCCAAGGCCCUGUUCACCGCCUGCAGGCUCAAGGUGUUCGACCUGCUCAGCGACGGCGCGCCCCGGGGGGCGGCGGACGUGGCCCGCGCCGUGGACGCCUCCGUGUGCGGGACCAGGAGGCUGCUGGAGGUCUGCGUGGCCCUGGGCUUGCUGCGGAAGACGGAGCAAGGUUACAGAAACACGGAGCUGGCCGGGCGGCACCUGGUGUCCGGCGGCGCGCGCUCCCUGCACGGCCUCAUCCUGCACAGCGACCAGCGCACCUGGGACCUCUUCAGCCACCUGGAGCGCACCCUGCGGGAGGGACCGCGGCCGCACCGCGGGGCUCCCGGGGACCAGCAGGGACAGCCGGGGGACCAGGUGGGCCCCCCCUGCCGGGAGACGCAGCUGCAGGCCCUGAAGGCGGCGCACACCCUCUCCUCGCUGACCGCCCGCCGCCUGGCCUCGGCCUUCGACCUGUCGCGGUUCUCCUCCGCCUGCCUCCUGGGAGGCUGCAGGGGCGCCCUGGCCUGGGAGCUGGCCCGGGAGUGCCCGCGGCUGGAGGUGACGGUGUUGGAUGUCCCCGACGAGCUGGAGCAGGUGUCCUGCUUCCAGCCCCAGGGCGGACCGACGGCGCGCGUCAGCUUGGUGCCUGGUGACCCGUCCAGGGACGCCCUGCCCGCAGCUGACCUGUACAUCCUGCCCCGCCUGCCGCCGGACUGGCCGGACGACAAGGUCCACCAGCUGCUGAGGAGGGUCGCAGGGUGCUGCCGGCCGGGAGGCGGCCUCUUGCUGGCGGAAGUUGCCCUGGACGAGGACCCGGGGGCCGCCCGGCGUGGCCUGAGGCCGAAGCUGGACCUGCUGGUGCAGACGCCGGGCAGGGACUGGACGCUGGGCGAGGGCCGGCGCCUGCUGGAGCAGCACGGCUUCGGGGACAUGCAGGUGGCGCCCGCCGGGGACUUCCCGGGCGCAGUCCUGGGCAUCCGCAUGCGCCCCUGACGCCCCGCAGGGGCCUUUGUGUGGGCGUCGUGGUCCCGAGGCGGAGGGAGCCCGGGGUCCCCACGCCAUCAGCUCAGUGGGCACGUGGGCGGGGCCUUGCGGGACGCGGAGAAUAAAGCCACCUUCCUCCCUGCG